CGGCACGGCAGUGUCGUGAAAGCCGCCGCGCGCGCAGAGCGCUGGUUGACGGCCGGGCUCCAUUUUGUUGGCCGCUGCUCUGCUCGCGGCGGACGAUGCGGCCCCUGGACGCGGUGGAGCUGGCGGAGCCCGAGCAGGUGGAGGUGCUGGAGCCCGAGGAGGACUUCGAGCAGUUCCUGCUGCCGGUCAUCCACGAGAUGCGCGACGACAUCGCGGCGCUGAGCCGCGAGCGCGGGCGCGCGCCCCCGCGGGACCGCGGCAAGCUGUGGGAGAUGGACAAUCUGCUCAUCCAGAUCAAGACGCAGGUGGAGGCGUCGGAGGAGAGCGCCCUGAACCACCUGCCGGGCGCCGGCGGCGCGGCCAGGGCCGACCGGGCCGACGAGAAGGCGCGCGAGGCGGCCAAGAUGGCCGAGAUGCUGGUGGAGCUGGUGCGGCGGAUAGAGCGGAGCGAGUCGUCGUGAGCGCGGCGCGGUGUGCAGCCCUCGGACGUGGUCGGGUCUGGAGAUGGCUGACACCCGGAGAAGCUGAAGCCAGAGAGCCUUCGUUUUUCUCUUUUCCUGUCUACUCUGUCCUCACUUUCGCUCCGUUUCUGCGUGGUCUGCGGUUGUGACCUCAAGACGAGUUUCCGACUGUUUGGUGUUCCCGUGCCGGGGGGAGGUAGCUUUGUUUUAUUAUUGGGAAAACGCCCUCGCUGCAGGAAUGGCGGCCGCGUCUGGGCCCGGGCUGUGGGUGCUGGUUCCGAGUGGCGGGUGCCUCGGCGCUCUCGGGAGACCCGCGAGCUCCCUGGAAUUCGGGGCCGUGCGGCGCGGGAGCCCCGGGGGAGGGCGGCCGCUGGCCCGGGCCUGUCGUUUCUCUGAGACCAAAGGAGGAGAGAUGUAUUUUCUAAAUUUGAGGUCCCGGGGUCCCCGGCCCGCUGUCCCCUGUGGCGUGUGCGUGGACGACCCUCUCCGCCCGCGUGUCUGGGCGUCGGGGCAGGGCAGGGGAGGGCGGGGGUGGAGUCUGCGUGGCCCUGCCUGCGGAGCGGAGGCGCCCGCCAGCGCCGAGUGUGUUUCCGUAGCAGACGUGAGCAGUGCUUGAGGUCAGAACCCCACCGUGUUGAGAACCCCACCGUGUUAAUAAAGUGUUCAUGGUUGAACGA